AUGAAUGCUAGAAGGAUCAUAUUCCACUUACUCUCAUGUGCUUACGCUUACUUGGUGUUUUCAAAUCGGUAUUCUCUAAACUCAACUUUUGAUACGUCCACGAAGCAAAACGCUAUUGCCUCAACCCAAAUCUGGAAUUUAUCGUAUGCUCCUUAUGAUGUCGAGUGCCCUGGUCACGACCUAGUUCGCAAAGCUAAUGACACGAUAUGUGCAAAAGAGGAGGAAUAUAUACGAAAACGCAACAUCAAAACUGAAGCACAAUUGAAAUCGCUACUUUACAAGAAUGAAAUACCUAAUUUUGAUAUUGAAGCAUUCUGGAACUCAAAGUCAUCAUCCACUAUAAUCGCGAUUGCAAUUUCAGGCGGUGGAUACCGAUCAAUGUUAUCAGGAGGUGGAAUAUUGACGGCGUUGGAUGCUCGAGAAGUCAACAAUUUGACUCACGUUAGUGGGAUUUUACAAGCGUCGUCAUAUAUUGCGGGGAUAAGCGGUGGUGCAUGGUUGGUAAUGUCACAAUUUGUCAAUGAUUGGCCGCGAAUUAGUAAAGUAGCACGCAGUGGUGUGGCAACUGGAUGGAAUUUGAAGCAGAGUUUACUAGAGGGUAUGCCUGAUGUGAAUGGUAAUAUACGGAAACAAAACAAGGACGCGAAACCGAGUAAGCGCAAGACGAAGCAGGGGUUGGGGUUGUUGAAGUUAUUUGGGAGAUCUAGAAAGGGUAUGCCGUUGGCGAAUUGGGCAACGUUGUGGUUUGACAAGAAGAACUCAACUGGAACACAGUUGACGCCAUCAUUGAAGGAAAAGGGCGCAUUGGAAUAUUUGAAGUUUUAUAAGGAGUUGUUGGUUGAAGUUAGAGAUAAGAGAAGAGCAGGAUUCGUGGUUGGGUUGACUGACUAUUGGGGUCGAGCAUUGGCCCACAAAUUAUUUACUGCUACUGCGAGAACACCGGGAGUGACAAUGACUGCGGUUGUUGAAAACUCUGCCGUGUUUAAGGAGAAUGAUGAGCCCUUCCCCAUCAUCGGUGCUAUAGCUAAAGAUCCAAUGGAUAACGCUAUUUCCAGUAAUGACCCAUUGCAGAAGAUCUCGAGUUUGCAUAGUUCCAUCUUUGAAAUCACCCCUUUUGAAUUUGGGUCCUGGGAUAGUUCGGUUGAUGCUUUUGUUGAAAUUGAGUAUUUGGGACUGUAUUUCGAAAAUGGUAGUUCAUGUGCAGCUGCAAAUGCAACAGCAACCACCACGAAUGCAACGUGUUUAUGUAAAUCUGGGUUUGAUAAUGUUGGAUUCUUGACUGGCACUUCAUCUUCAUUGUUUAAUCAUAUUUUCAAGUAUAUAUUCAACUACUUUACCGAAAAUCAGCUGGACAUGAUGACUUCAAUCGAGAGCAUAUUGAAGUUUUUUGGAAUCAGCAAAACGGCGAAUGAGUAUGACGAUCCAAUGGGCAUUCAAAUACAAUCGCAUCCUGACCAUGCCGUUUAUUCACCCAAUCCGUUUUGGAAAUUCGGUAAAACGGGUCGUUUUUCCAAAAGCAGAGAGUUGUAUCUUGUUGAUGGUGGUGAUGAUGGACAAAACUUGCCUUUCCAGGCAUUGAUUAGGAAAGGUCGCAAAGUCGAUUUGAUUUUGGCGUAUGAUAUGAGUGGGGAGGAUUUGAAUUAUCCCAAUGGGUCGGUAUUACAGCAAACCAGCUUGCGGUUUAAACAUGUUGAUGGGGUGAGGGUGACUUCGCCAUCGCAGUUGGUUCCCUUUUGCAAAGUUCCCAAUGAAGCGACCUUGAGCGGAGAGAAGGAGGUGCCGUUUCGGCCAAUCAUCAAAUCCAUUUUUCCUAAAGCUCCCACUACUGAUGAAUUGAUUGAACAAGGGUUGAACUUGAGACCCAUUUUCCUUGGCUGUGAUAUAAUUGAGGAUUUUGAAACCAUUGAGUUAAAUGAUAUGAAGAAGAGCAAUGGUAGUGGAGGUAGUGGUGGUGCAGUUAUAUAUGAAGAUUAUUUACCGCCAAUUAUCAUGUACCAGGCAAAUUCAAACUACACACAUCAUCAACUGAACUUUUCCACUUUCAAACUACGUUACAAUGAGAGUGAAAUUGAAGCAAUUAUGGAGAAUGGUUUCCAGAUGGCGUCGUUUUAUAACUCAUCAUUGUAUGCUGUCUGUUUGAAUUGUUUGAUAUUGAAACGAGAGUUUGACAGAAUACGAUUUGGGUUGCUGACGAGUGGUGGAGCUUCUAGUGGUGACGACUUUGGAGAUGUGGCGACUGUACCCAAAUUUUGUCAAACUUGUUACAAGAUAUAUUGCUGGAGAGGAUGA